AUGAAGAAAUUUCUAUUGAUUUUUGGGAUUGCAACGUUUGCCGUUCAUUCGAUUGUUUCUGAAAAUGAUGAUGAGGCAGGAAUUGAGCAGAGUCAAAUGGAAGCAAUUGACGAUGACAUCUCCAAUCCCCAAGACAUCACCAAACCUGACAAUCAACAAUUUUCAAUUCACAAAGACAACAAUGACACCGAAAAUGAUAAAAUUCCGUCUACAAAAGAGCAUGAAGACCGCCUAAAACUCUUAAAUGAUCACGAUGAUGAUAAAGAGGCAUCCGGAGAUGACGCGACAUUAACAACUGACAAUGAGGGAAAUGAUGAUGCAGUGAAUGAGGCAGAAAAUGAUAAUGGAUAUGACACGAAUGACCAAAGUCAAGACGAGGGGAUUAUUGGAGUGGAAAAUGAUGAAGAAGAUGAUAAGAUGGAUGGAAGUGGAGACGAGGACGAUAAGGAAGAGAAAGUUGAACAAGAUGAAGAGGAAAACUUGAAUGUUGGAGACGAGAAUGAAGAAGAACAGAAAAGUAGUUCAGGACAUGAUGAAAAUGAAGAAGUGGAAGAAGAAAUGGAAAGUGGAAAUGCAGGAGGUGAGGAAUUAUUUAUUAAAGGACAAUUUGUGGAUUGUUCAAAGGAGAACUAA